AACUUGCAGAGAUAAGUAUAGAGUCGGAAAAUAGUCAAGCUAGCAGCAGUAUUACCAAAUCAUUAAAUGUUUAUGCCCCAAAUCUGAAGUAUUUUAAAUGGUUUGGGAAUUUGUUGAAUUACCAAAAUUUGGGGAAAUUUAUUUGUUUAGAAAAAGCUCAUAUCUUUCUGAAGCAAAAAGGAGAUGAAUAUGACUUUAACAAUGCUUUUGAGGUUCUUUGCAGUUUCUACAGGGUUAAGUCACUUGUUCUGAGCGGGGAGGCUAUUAAGGUAUUGCUCAGGGAAGGUUCCAUGCAUGCCCCAUUGGAUGGUACCACUUACUUGGGUGUGCAUAUUAAGAGCUUGACUGAUGACCUAGUCCCUGCAAUGGUCUCUCUUCUGAGAGGAGUGCCUAAUCUGAAGACUUUGUACAUCAAUUCUUACCCUUUCUUGCACAUUGUUAAACCGAAAGCAUGUGGUUUUAAGAGGAAAUACUGGAAAUCCCAAAAUCUGGAUUGUAUUCAUCAGCUUGAGGAGGUAUCUGUAGCACUCUCCACCGGUUAUCCUACUAAUGCCUUGGAGUUAGCAACAUAUAUUCUUGAGCAUGCUCAGAAGUUGAAGAAAAUGGUCAUAUGUUAUUUACCUCGCCAGUCCUAUAUUAUAGAGAAGGUAAAUAAAAGCAAGAAAAUUUCCUUAGCAACUGUUGUCUUUAAGGAAAGAGGAGUGAAUGACGAUGAAGCAAUGGGUGAAAAGUUAUUAUCUUGA